CAAAGUGGACUACAAUUCCCAGAAACCUUUGGCGGAGCUCCCCAGGAUCUUCCUAUGCGGCUCCCCUGGCACUUCUAGGGAGUUGUAGUCUGAUCUUGUUGGCAUCUCUCUAUCUCCUCAGACUCUGUAUUCAACGCUGCCAGCUCUCCUGGAUAGUAACCCCUUCACAGGUGGGGCAGAGCUUCCCGGACCUGGCGCAGAGCUGGAGGCCAUGCCUCCGGGUUUGAGACCGACCCUGGGCGUGUUCCAGGCAGCUCUGGAACUGACCAGCCAGUGCGAGCUGCACCCGGACCUUGUGUCUCAGACUUUCGGCUACUUGUUCUUCUUCUCCAAUGCAUCCCUUCUCAACUCACUGAUGGAACGAGGUCAAGGCCGGCCUUUCUAUCAGUGGUCUCGAGCUGUGCAAAUCCGGACCAACCUGGACCUUGUCUUGGACUGGCUGCAGGGGGCUGGCCUGGGAGACAUUGCCAUGGAGUUCUUCCGGAAGCUCUCCAUGGCUGUCAACUUGCUCUGUGUGCCUCGCACCUCCCUGCUCAAGGUGAUUCCUGACCCCGGGCCCCUGACGCGUCAGCCUUGCUCUGUAUUCAGUUUACCCCUGGGUCUUCCCUUGGUCUCCAUGUUACCCUCAGUCCCAGCUCAGACGCCAUGGGGGAUGCACUGGCAGCUCGAAGGAAGUAGCCAACAGGUGUCCAAACUGGGCUGCAUCUGAACCUCAGUGGGACUGAUUCAUAGUUUCCAG